AAGGAAAAUAAAAACAUAUAUGAUUUCAGUUUGUUUUAAAAUGUCAUGUGUUACAUUUGCAAUUCAAAUCAUUCAGUGGACUUUCGAUGGCAUUCGAUCGAUCGGCCCUCAACCUCUAUGGGCAGCCUGCAAGACCACGGAGAAGAAAGGCUCGGCCUUCUUGAUGCAGAGGAACUACGGAAACAAGCACGUCUGGUGGCUGAUUUUAUUGCUGACUAUUACAAGGCGAUUGAAAGCUAUCCCGUGUGUAGCCAAGUUCAACCUGGCUACCUGAGCAGCCGGUUGCCGGAAACGGCUCCUAACAAGCCAGCUCCCUUGGAGGCCAUUCUCCAAGAUGUGAAGAAACAUAUCCUUCCCGGCCUGACUCACUGGCAGAGCCCCAGUUUCUUUGCCUACUUCCAGGCUAAUGUAAGCACCGGGGGGUUUCUUGGGGAGAUGCUUUGCAGUGGCUUCAACGUCGUUGGGUUCAACUGGCUUGCAUCGCCGGCGGCCACGGAGCUUGAAUCACUGGUCAUGGAUUGGAUGGGCGGUAUGCUUAAUCUCCCGUCGUCAUUCAGGUUCAACGCUUCCAACAAUGGUGACAGUAAAAACGGUGAUGGUGGAGGUGGCGUCAUACUUGGCAGCACAUGUGAAGCCGUAGUGUGCACCCUGGUGGCCGCUAGGGACAAAGUCUUGAGCAGUAUGGGCUACGACAGUAUAACCAAGCUUGUAGUCUAUGGCUCUGACCAGACCCACUCAUGCCUGCAAAAGGCAUGCAAGAUAGCAGGCAUCAACCCUAAUCACUACCGGCCACUUGCCACCUCUUACAAAACCGGCUUUGCACUCUUGCCGGACGUCGCCCGACGGGCAAUGGCGAGCGACGUCGCAGCCGGCUUGAUCCCCCUUUUCCUCUGCGCCACCGUAGGCACGACGGGUGUCGGCGCUGUAGACCCUUUGCAUGGGCUGGCGCAAGUGGCUAAAGAAUACAAAGCCUGGCUCCAUGUUGAUGCGGCCUAUGCAGGCAGUGCUUGCAUAUGCCCGGAGUUCAGGAGCUACCUAGAUGGAGUGGAACAUGCAGACUCUAUGAGCACGAACCCUCACAAAUGGCUCCUCACCAACAUGGAUUGUUGUUGUCUAUGGGUGAAACACACUUCUCUCUUAGUGAAUGCCUUGUCCACCAGUGCUGUUUUCCUCGACAAUCCGGGCACCGCAUCCCUAGAGGUCAUAGACUAUAAAGACUGGCAAAUUGCAUUGAGCCGGCGGUUUCGUGCCAUCAAAUUGUGGCUUGUGAUUCGCAGCUAUGGCCUGAACGGCCUCAGGGAGCAUGUAAGGAGGCAUGUUAGGCUUGCCAUGCUCUUUGAAAAGUGGGUGAGCACGGAUGAAAGGUUCGAAAUCGUCGCGCCAAGAAGACUUGCCUUGGUCUGCUUUAGGCUCAAACCAGGAGGAGGAGGAGAUGGCGAGGGUUCCGAGCUCAACCGCAAGCUGCUGGAAGCGAUCAACUCCACCGGGAAGGUUUACAUGACUCACACAGUUGUGGACAAGAUGUUCGUGCUGCGUUUUGCUGUUGGCUCCACGUUAACGGAGGAAAGGCAUGUUCGUGGUGCUUGGAGCAUCAUACAAGAGCAAUCCAGUGUAGUUGCUGCUGGAGACGCGGCAAGCAUUGCUUGAGAGAAUGAUGAAUUUGUAUUAUUGCACCAUAUGUUGCUCAACUUCUGUUCAGUAGCUAGUAGGCUGAAUCUAUUGUCUAUGGUAAAUUUGGUAGAGGCGAGUAGCUGAACGCGUCAUAUCUUUUCUUGAUGGGCCACAAACAUGUGUAUGAGUGGUAAACACAAUUACCUACAUAAAACAAAAAUAAU